AUGCCCGUCGAAGUCCCCUGGUCGCGGCUGAUCCGGUUCGUCAGCGCCGAAGACGAUGACAUCCAUUUUGGCGACGCAGUGGUUCCUUCAGCGGAUUUUGACGUUGGAGACCCCAAGAAUGCCCAGAGUCUGACCGCAAAGCUCAUUGAGGGAAACCCAUUGUCCCCCGACUGCAAAGUCACUGACAAAGUGGUAAAAGUAAAGAAGCUACUGGGGCCAUUGACAAGAGACAUGGUGCCGGCGUUGAGGUGCAUUGGCGGGAAUUACCGAUCGCAUCUCAAGGAAAUGAAGAUGGAAAUCCCCCGAAACCCGCUGCUCUUCGCCAAGUUCCCCAACGCCGUGGCUGGCUACGGCGACGACAUCCCCAUCCCGAAGCUGAUCCAGGACGGGCAAGCCGACUACGAGGCCGAGCUGGCAAUUGUGAUUGGCAAAGAGGGCAAGGACAUCAGGGUCGAAGACGCCAUGGACUAUGUCCUGGGCUACACGGCGGCGGACGACAUGUCGGCGAGGAAAUGGCAAUCGGAUCCUGACCUGGUGGGAACGUGGCCACCGCCGCAGAUGACCUUUGCGAAGAGCUUCGACGGGUUUUGUCCCAUGGGCCCGUGUAUCGCUUCGACCAAGGUGAUUCCCAACCCGCACGCACUGCCGCUCAAAACUUACGUGAACGGCGAGCUUCGCCAGAACGGCAACACCGACGACUUCGUCUUCAACGUGCCGCAGCUCAUCGCCUUCUUGAGCCAAGGCAACACGCUCCAGGCGGGGAGCAUCAUCCUGACCGGGACAUGUUCGGGGGUCGGGUUCGCCAUGAAGCCACCGCAGCAUUUGAAGACGGGAGACAGAAUAGAGAUCUCGUUCGGGCCGAUUGGGACGUUGGUCCAUGGCAUCAAGUAUGAGUGA